AUGACAAAAAUGAGACCGACAGAAGUGAAAUUAAGCAAUCCUCCAGAAGAUUGGAUAUCGUCAGUCAGAUUUGGACCAAAAUCAAAUCAGUACUUAAUUGCUUCCUCAUGGGACGGAACAGUUCGAUUCUACGAUGUGAACGCUGUUAGACAAGUAAUUAAAUUUGUGCAGGAUGCUCCAGUGUUGGAUGCAACUUUCAUGGAUGUGGUGCAUGUUGUGAGUGGUUCAUUGGACAACCAGCUCCGACUUUAUGAUGUCAAUACUCAUACCGAAAAUGUUGUGGGAAGCCAUGAUGAGCCUAUAAGAUGCGUUGAAUAUGCAGAGUCUGUAAAUGGCAUUUUAACCGGCAGUUGGGAUAAAACUCUCAAAUUGUGGGAUAUGCGUGAGAAGCGUUGUGUGGGCACAUACGAACAAUGCAAUGGAAAAGUAUACUCCAUGUCUGUUAAUGAUGAGAAAAUUGUCGUGGCAACCUCCGAACGUAAAGUAUUAAUUUGGGAUUUGCGCAAAAUGGAAGAAUACAUGAUGAAAAGAGAAUCAUCUCUCAAAUAUCAAACACGUUGUAUACGUCUCUUCCCCAAUAAGGAGGGAUAUGUCAUGUCCUCAAUUGAGGGUCGAGUAGCUGUGGAGUAUUUGGAUCCUGACAUCGAAGUUCAAAAGCGUAAGUUUGCCUUCAAAUGCCAUCGCAAUAAACAGGACUCAGUUGAGCGGAUAUACCCGGUAAACGCCAUUAGUUUUCACAAUGUUUAUAACACAUUUGCUACUGGUGGCUCCGAUGGAUUUGUCAAUAUAUGGGAUGGAUUUAAUAAGAAACGAUUGUGCCAGUUUCACGAAUACGAUACCUCGAUUUCAUCUCUCAACUUCAGUCACGACGGCAGUACAUUGGCUAUCGCUUGUUCCUAUAUGGAUGAAUUGGAAGUGCCUCCAACUAAUGUUCCGAAUCCGGUGAUAUAUGUACGAUAUGUAACAGAUCAAGAGACAAAACAAAAGUAAAUCAAAAACCAUAUUUAUUAUAUUA